AUGAGGCGUUCUCCAACAGAUUGUGUUUCUGCACCCGAUAUGACGGGCCCAGCAGGGCACUUCCCAUGGGUGCCCACUUGGCGAAGACAGCUAGGUGGCCAUCCGGAACGCCUAGCCCUGCCUCUUGACGUCCCUUUCGAUUUCAGGCACCUUUUCGGCAUGCAGUUUCCACCAAUACGCCUCACAGACUCAGUGGAGGUCGCAGUCUCGUCGGACUUGGCUCUUCCGGCACUUCGGAUAGGGGCAGAACUGCUCGAAAUAAUCCGAUCUAAUCUUGUUACAGUUAUCACCGGGUCAACGGGAUGCGGAAAGACAACAAUCGUACCGUUGCUUCUCUUACUACAGCAUAAGAACGCACGACUUCUGAUAGCGUUGCCUCGGCGCAUUGCGACGCAGAUGGCUGCUGAGCGCCUCAGGCAGCUCCUCGGCGACGAUAGACUCGGACAAACAGUUGGCUACCAUGUGGGGCACGAAGAGGCAUGCAAAUCGGAUGAAACUCGCUUACUGUUCGUGACCGCCGGCAUGCUGCGUAAGUAUGUUACUGGUGCUCUCCGUCAGCUGCAUAUGAUUGGGCAGACAUCCUGCAGCGGGGGCUCAACCAAUGAGGAGGUGGUCUCAGGCCAUAAGUUGAGGUCAAUUUUCCCGUAUGAUUUCGUAUUAGUUGACGAAGUGCAUGAACGCACUAUAGACUGCGACAUGGCAUUGUUGCUGCUUAAGUGUCUUGCUGUGAGGAUGACCGUGGCCGCUGUUCGUGCUCAAAUGGAGCUACCUGCGUUUCGAAUAGUCGUUAUGUCUGCAACCAUCAGCGCCAACGAUUUUUCCACCUUCCUUGCGGGGGAGAGGCUGAACAUCUUUCAGGCGGAACACGCAGCGUGGAUGGAAAAAACAUGCCUUCUGCGAGUGAAAGGGGCACUUCAGGUUGCACGCCUAAAUGCCGCCCAUUCAGCCUCCCCUAAGGCGCCAGCGGGCCUGACAGCUGCGGAGAAGCAACUAUAUGAGAUAAGGGAGCGGGAGCGUCUUAUUAGGUGGGCUAGGAGUUUGGUGACUCCCUUGAACGAGCUUGCUUGCUUGUGGAGGACCCGCCGAUCCAAGGAUUUGGCGGCUGUGUUCCAAGAGCAGCACCUUUCGAUGCCAUCAAGGGCCUCUUGCAAGAGACAACAUUGGAGGCAGAUUUCGGGCACAGCGCGCGCCAGAGGGAACUGCGUGGAAGUGGCGAGACACACCAACUUUCCGGUAGAGGAGCUAUUUUGGGACGACAUUGUGGACUUGGCACGCUUCAGCAUGACCGCCACAGCUGCAGACCUUCUGGACAUUGCAAGCCCAACACUACUGCGCUAUAUGGGCAUAGAUCCUGAUAGCGGUGGAAUAUUAUCUACGGUGGCACAGCAAGGCGCCACGGAUGAACGGAAGGCGCUAACCAGUCUCAGCAGGAGAAGCACAUUCCACCACGACUCUCCUUGCGACGGUGACGCUGGCACCGACUUGGACGAGGAAGGUGAAGUGCCUUCCCGGGGGGACGAAUUCUGCUUUGAAAAGCCCAGACUAAACUACUGGUGUGUCGAGAGAAAGCCGGAGAUCUCACGCAUGGAGCAAGCAUUGGACCAAGCAAAAGCCGAGGCUUCGGUGGCUCUAAGCAGUGUUCGGGAUGAUCCACACGGGUGCAGUAGAACUGACAUCAUUCGAGAAAGUGAAGGGCCAGUGCAGUUGAGAGUCGAUCUGCAGAUCUUGCGAAUCCAUCGUGAUGCUGAGACGGACGAAUUGAAGCACGCUAAACAACAUGCUCCACGUUCUACGUGUAUGAAGAUUAUUCUAGCGACCAACAUUGCGGAAAGCAGCAUUACUUUUGUAGACGUUUGCAUUGUCAUAGACUUCGCACUUGUCAAGGAGAAGCAUGUGCAUGCCGUCACGAAAGCCCACCGUUUACAGCUACGGUGGGCGAGCCGCGCUGCGCUGGACCAGCGCAAGGGAAGAACGGGGCGCGUCAGAGAGGGGGCGUACGUAUGCCUGAUACCACGAGAACUAUUUAUGUCCCUUGAGCCAUUUCCCUUGCCUGAGCUCCAGCGGCUUCCUUUGGAGGACGUACUUGCGGACGUCAUGGCAGCUCUCCCAGGCGAGAGCACUGACGCUUCACUCUUUUUCCUUUCUCAAGCUCAAGACCCUCCAGAUGUUGGCAGAGUGUACGAAGCUCUAUGCAGCAUGGAAGCAUCGGGCGCUCUCAACCUGCGAUCUCAAUCCUCUUUAUUUACGCAGAUGACGCCCCUUGGCCACUUGGCCUGCCUUCUUGCCUUGCCCGUGAAGGUUGCUCGAAUCAUUCUUCUUUCCAGAGCGUAUGGAGUUUUUCCAGCAGGCUUGUGGGCUGCAUCUCUUCUUCUCAGCGACCGGCAGACCGUUUUUGAGUGCCAGCCCAGAGGAGUUAAAACGUCCAAACUUUCUGAUGUAGAACUGUUACGGUGGAUGGUGGCUCGCUCAGCAAGGCUUGCUUUUGCUGGCCGCCUAAGGAACAGUCUGUUUCCUGAGGCAGCUCAGAGGAUGCAAGUACAACACCGGUCAAAAUGCGAACCAGGUGAAUGCCUCACCAAGAAGAUCGACGACUGUGAGCAGGCCCCCUGGCUGCAAGAGCCACCAUGCACUGGAUCGGACGACGCAAGCAGCUUCAUAUGGGGUGAAUUCAUUCCAUGCGACAUAUGUGUUGAUGUUAUGGCAAUGUUACACCUGCACGAAGUACAUGGCAACCGCCUUUACCAACUUCAAAGUCAUAUGACGGCGAGUGCUGAAAAGCUGCAUCAGGGAGACACAGUGCCACCGAGGAACUGUAGGCAUCCGUACUCAGUGAAAGAGAUGAGGCAAUUGAGGCGAUUUCUCGCGUUGAGCGGAGUAUCUAUUCAGGGGGUUGCUGAUGUGGCUUCCCAGCACCAAGCCAUCUCACGCAAACUAGCCCGUGUUGGCAUUUUGAGAUCUGCAGAAUCCUGCAGAGCGAUGCCACCCUCUUUUAGCAUGGCAUCGCCAUCCAACGAAUUCACUUCGAAGAAUUUUUGGGGAAGGGGUAUCGAAGGGCUUGUUUGGCGUCUGCAACUAGUCCUUGCCUCUGCGUGUAUGCCAUUCGGAUUUAGCCGAGUCCGGGAUAGCUUAAUGCAGACCCCAUUUAACUUGGGUCAACAGCCGAAAUCUCAUUUUGCAUUUAAUAUUUUGUGCCAUGAGUCGUUCCGGGAGAGGCCGGAUUUACGGUGUUGCGACGCAUUGGUCGAAGCGGCGAAACAAAGCUGCUGGGAAGCUUCCACGAGCUCGUGGCGUUUUCAGUCGGAGGCGCGCGGAUCGCCAACCAGCUUCUCAUCUAAGGGGGCGCUAGACGGUUCCUCGAGGAAACGGCUGCAGUGCAGAUAUUCUCAGGGUUCUGGGGAGCACUGUAUCGACGAUUCUGUAGUAGGCUGCGUGUGUUCUAUCACGUUUCCGGAGGAUUAUUCUGAAGUACCUUCACUCCGUCAGGGUCACCUGGAAAGUGAGGCUAACUCUAAAUUAGGCAAUGAAACUGAGUUGAACAAGCAGCGUUGGUCCCAGCAGCUUUUCUUUGGAGAGAUGGGGCUAAUUCUGCGCAGCAGUUGUAGCACGGUCGUCCUUCUAAGGCUGGCCGUAAUAUUGCUGAGAGAGACCGAUCCUUUAGCGCUUUUCUCUGAUUCGGCGUAUGCUCGACACCCUUCGGGGGAUGCCGGACGUGGUGCAGGUGUUCUUCUGUACAACUCUUUCAGGACGUGGGUUAACCGCCAGAGGUUGUCCCAUGCAAAACUUUCUGCGGAGUUCGAAGACUUUUGCUCACGACUUGAAACAUCUGGACUCCUCGAAGAUUCGCAGGUUAGGGCGUGGUGUGCUGCGCAGUCUCAAAGCUCGGGGCUCACGAGGUUUGCUGCAUACUCUGGAGCAAGAAGUGAUCCUAUGCCCGACUUCCCAUCGGUGGGGAAAAGCAAUGAUACAGUCUCAUCGUCUGAAUGGUUACAAGCCAUGAGGAAUCUUGAAGGGUUUAUUUGCCGUCUAAUCCUCUUCGCCGCUCAAACCCGAACGACGCGACGGUUGCUUCAAUUGAUGUACACCGCGUUGUUGGAGAGACCACGCGCGUUGCGUCAGCUGCUAUGUGAGCAACAGGGAAAUUGGCCGAUUGCUCGAUCGGAGAUAGACAUGAUGGAUAGGGCUAGAGAGGAGCUUACGGCAAUAUUCAUGCAUCCGUCAUUCACCGGAAGGCUUGCCAGCUGUCUGGGGCCCCUGCAAUUCUUUUCUCUUAGUGUCAAGAACUUUGUACCUCUCUCAGACUUGCUACUUUGUGAAGGUUGGGAUUUUGGCUUCAAAGGGAUUCUCCCUGGGGCACCCCUUGGGCCUCUUAUCAGAGUGCAGGAGUUGCUUGGCCCUCUGCUUAGCAGCGGCUGCCGUGCACUCCUCCCGACGGACAUACAGGGAGUCGCAGAAGCUGUGAAGGAGUUCUAUAGCAGUAAGCAGGUACAGGCACGACAGCAGCAGGCUCGUGGUGACUCCAAGAGGGCAAAGGGCCGUGGGCUGCUUCGCCAUUUGGAGGAACAGAAGCAAGGCCACAUGCCCACUGCAUCUGUGUGGGCGUCCCUUGUGGAAGAAGCGGUUGACAGUCUAGCAGCUUCAGCUGCAACUGCACUGGAACGAUUACGGUCCACGACAUCUGGAGAUUCAGCUGUAGAGCCGACUAAAGAUGUAGGCAGGCUUCUGAAAGCAGCUUCAAAGGCGACACAGAUUGUUAGCGCCUACUGGCGAUGUUGUGGUCUUGUGCAUGCACAACCCAACUCCAAAAGGAUUCAGCUACUUAUCUUUGGGGACAGUCACCGCAGAGCACUGCUGCAGUGGAUUCACAGAGCUACAGAUGGGAUCAAUAUGAGGGCAACUGGCAAAAGGCAGGGAGAGUUGAGGGGUCCUGAACUGGAAUGCAUCAGCCAACCUUUGUGGGCGUCCAUGCUACCUUUUGCCGAUCCACAGAGCCCUACGCCGCGUGUUGGCAUUGGGUCGAACGUGGCGGAUAUCCAAUCUCCGUCUACAGUACCACAUGAGUCGUCAGUAGAGGAGGAGCAAAUAGAGGAACAGCUGUUGGAAGCAGCUGAGGGAGCCCAACGCGCUGCAGGGGGCGGCUUUGUAAGCACAAGCUUUCUGGAAGACAUCAUAUCAUUGGCAACUUCAGCGGCGAACAGACUGCUGGACAUACAACAGGCGGAAUUUGAUGAGGCCGAGCUGCUUUUAGAAAGCAGGUCGAAGCUGCAGCGACCGAAGGAAGGUCCAGCGCGUCCAGUCACUACUGAAAAUCCUUCUUCUGGCAAACUGUUCCAAAUGGAGGCUGGAACGGACUGGAAGGACACUGUAAAGGACUCAUCUAAUGCGAGUAAACCUUCUUAUCUAAAUAUGAAGGACUCUACAUCUCGCUUGUAUUCGGUAAAGGCGGAGGCUGGUCCUGGGGUCCGGCAUUGCCACCACGGUGAAUCACUACGUCGAGGGGAGGAGAGCAGGGCAUGCUGCCAUUCUCUUCAUUCGUGUAUAGCUGGUAGCAACGAAGUGUCACAGAGAUGUGCUGGUGAUGAAGAUGACUUUUACUCUUCAGACAGGGAACCUGUCUUCAGCGUGUCGCAUCGCUUCUUUAAGUCAUUUUUAGCCUUAGAUGAAGAUGGAAGGAGGCGCAGGAGGCAACACUGCCGCCCGAGUACAGCCCGUGUUUGCCGCAUAUCGGAGCAAUCGAUUCUUCACAGCAAUGGACCAUUUUACCCUGGAAGCUACUCACGGGAAUUCUUACUGCUCGGUUUGAGCGAAUGGGAUACGUCAGCCGGCCUUGCCAGCGGAGGUUCAGACGUUAGUGCUGCCUCCUUGCUGCCACCCUUGCCGCAUCUAGAGGAGUUACUUCUUUUUUUGUUAGCGCCUGUUGUGUGUAUGUUUUUGUCGAAACGCUGUUUGUGCUAUUGCUGCAAGUGCUGCCCCUGUAAUCCCGAUCUGAAGGAGGAAGGACAGAGCAGUUCAGCCAAAGGCCGCGUUGUUUAUUCGUCUGGCGACGGUGCAAGGGGGCCUUCCCACACGUAUAAUGACUCAACAAGGGCUGAUUGCUGUCCGUUAUGUUUGCGGGGCGCUGUGUGUUACGCUGUGGUAUCGUUCGGAGGGUUCCGCGAGUUUGGAUUGGUUCCUCGUUUCCUGUGGAAAGAUGCAGAUAUAUCACUGUUGAAUGAUGCCAGAUCUGUGAUGAGUGACGUCUUCAAGCAGCAGGACAUUCAAUUCAAUGACAAGUGCAGCACGGAUACCCCGAAAUGGGCGGAAACAAAUUUUGGAGACGAUGAAAAUCAAGCCAGUGACAGUGAUGACUAUAGUGUUUCCUCUGACAGCGCGAAUGAUCCAGAUGACAGAUUUCAAUCUCGGCCAUCGGCUGUUGGUGCGUGCCUAGACAGGAUUUUGGAGCAACUACUGCGCCCCAAGAGCCGACUGCAGCACAAACAACGUAUGGGAGCCACAACAGCUACUGCGUAUCUCCGCUCACGGGCGAGGAAGCCACACGGUAGAGGCGAACAACCAAAUCUGAGUACCCAGAAUCAUUCUACGCCUGCUGAUGACAGAGGCGCGCCGUGCUGGGAGAAACUGGACCGUGCAAAGCACCAACAAGGACACGCUGAAGGCGGCAUACAUGCUUCGUUAUCUCCUAUACUCAUUUUCGACUUGCACGGAGCAGAAAUGGACACUCCUGGAAGAACUACGGCUCUACGCGCCCGAUGCUGUACCCGGAUAUCCCAGUCUCGGGUCUUGGCGAUGGAGGCCAACAGCCACCGAGAGCAGACACCAAAGAUGAACGUUCAAAUAUCCGAGCAUUCAGAUUUCUUGGCUAUGGCUAUAAGAGAGUCACUGACGUUUCUGCAUUCCCCUCGACCAUCGAAAACAGCCGAACUUCCUGAAGGGGCCAAACCUUGCAUGUGGGGUUUGCCCGUUUCCUUGUUGAUACUUAGGCAUUUCCCUCAACAUCCAUCGCUCUCUGAAAUGCAACGACUGACAACCUGGAAGAGUUUGUCAGCAAGUGUUUUACCGGACUAUGCAGGAAAACUGCUACUUCAAUGCGCCAACAGUUGUUGCAGAGUGCCGCUGGGGCUUGCAGGGGACUUGCAAGUAGUUUCCAGGGGGCGUCCACUUGCUGAAGGCCCUCCGUGGGCGAAGUUAGCCUUCAAAUAUUUGCUGGAAGAGCUUGCUACAUCUACAAGGACAGUGACAGAGUCAGGCCUUCCAUCUAGACACAUUAAUGUGGGGCGAUAUGCGCCGGACAGGGCAUCGUCUUUUCAAGGAAACUUCGGAACUGGAACCACACUGGAGAACACUCUCCUUGCGUGGUUGCAAGAAGCUGAGAUACUAAGACCUGAUCAGGCGGUGGAGAUCCAGAAAGACACUGAUCUUGCAAGAGAGCGUGAGAUGUGGGUGAUAAACACCACGAAAAUAUCCAAUAGAAAGGCGGAGUGCAAAACGUGCAACGUGAAUGGCACACAAGUUGCGACACCAGAGAGCCCGUGUAAUAACUGGUCUUGCGUGAUGAGCCGCUGUUUUCCGGACCAAUUGGUGCCCCUACUAGAGGACGAACAUGCUUCCCUUGCAAAACUAAAGCUCGAAAGUCGGCUAUUGCUUACUCCGUCAAGCCUAGCGUUCGUCUCCACAUAUAUAAAGCCCCUGUUGCGUACACGCAGGCGACUGGUAGACCUCCUCAAGGUUAAGCAGGAAGAAGCAUUUCAGGCUGAAGCCAGUUCAGCAGAGCUUGCUCAACAGAACCGGAUGAAGCAGCAGCACAGCCAUAUGGUGGACAAGUUCGUAGGAUGGCUUCUGUGUGGCGGCCCAGUCCGACACAUCGUCGGUUUCCGUAUCUUUGACUUUCAUGUGUUUCCGCGGGACUCACUGGUAGAGAUAGCAGGGCACACGGACGCACAACGCGUGUACUUUUGGAGGCUGGCUUCUUCUAACACUGUGCCGCGAAAUCCGCUUGACUUCCCAAAGAAAUUGAGCGGGGGGCCUGUUCUUUCUUUUUGCGAUGCGCUAGCUUUGGGCCAGAGCGAUGGGACUGAAGGGGCAGAACGAAAUGAUAGUGGAGCGCUGCACUCGCCGAAUGUAUUCUUCGCAGCUGCAAGAUACAUUCAUAACUACGAGAAGGGGGUUUUGCAGAAAGACUUGGAGACUUCAAUUACUUUUGUUGAGCAUUUGUCCGAAUUAAUUGCGAGAAAUUGUACUUGGACGGCUGAAAAGUUUCACCUCAAGGAUUCGGAAAUGUACCAGAAGUUCUUCAUUGACUCGUGGGAUAUCUUCAGAUCAGUUUCAGCAGGGAACAAUGCAGCGUCUGCCCAUCAACAACAAGCUCAUUUUUUAGGUCAUGGACGCCAGAAUUCUAACGAAGGAAGACAACCAAUGACUUCACGAAACAACGAGGAUUUCACGAGAGCGCUGCGUACUGUACUGACUGCUUCGUCACCUGAUCUGCAAGGAGCACUGAUCCCUUCGGACCUUUUUGACUGGCAAGUGCGUCUGCUGCAAAAGCAACGAAAUGCAGUUGUCAGAGAGUUGGAAACUGCUCUCCCAUUGCUGCCUAAGGAAUGGGUAGAUGGCGACUGGACAAUGAGCCGAAUAGCAGAGGAGCAGUCUACGAUCUGGCGGUGGUCGGCAGACGAAGAGGAGACGAAGCAGCAGCAAGAAGCAACUCGAGCUGCCCAAGAAGAGCGGAAAGCUGAGGAAAAGGAGAGGAAGAUGAAAGAACUUAAGGAACUAAGAAAACGACUGGAAUUGGAAGCCCUCGAGUCUUCGAAACGCAUUCGUCAUUUUCGGUAG